AUGAGCCAAGGCACUCUUUCCAGUGUACCAGCUUGGAGGACUGCUUUUGAAGCAGCUGAACAGGAUCCUGAGAAUUUACAGCUUUGGGAGACCUUGAUUGGUCUUACGACACAGCAUGGCGCCAACGACAUUGACAACACGAGGAUAGUGUUCGACAAGCUAUUAGCAAAGUUUCCUCUACUAUUUGGAUAUUGGAUUCAAUACGCUAUAAUUGAAGCAGACUUUUUAAAAAAGAAUAAGCAGGAGAAUAAAGAUGAUACGGUAAUUUCGGUAUAUGAAAGAGCUGUAAGCGCCUUCCCCACCAGCUUUGAUUUAUGGACUCACUACGGAACUUACUUGGUGGAAUCACACCGUAAUUCUCAUGAAAAAAUCAGAUCUGUGUUUACUAGGGGAAUAAAGUCUUCUGGUAGAGACUUUCUGUCACACCCUCUUUGGGAUGCCUAUAUUGAGUUUGAAGAGUCCAUUGAGAAAGAGAGUGUCGAAGUAGCAGAAAUUCUUAAAGCGGUGGUCCAGUAUCCUCUUCACCAGUAUGCGCGAUAUUACGAAAAAUGUUCAAUUGUUGCUGAGAAGUUUCCCAGUGUGUUUCAGGAUAUGGACUUGAAUGACGUUUUCACAAAUACUCAAAUUGGGACAAACGACAGAUGGGCUUUCGAAUCCCAAAUCAAUCGGAGCUACUUUCAUGUCAUUGACCUUGACCCCGACCAAAUUCUUAAUUGGAAUAAUUAUCUAGAUUACGAGGAGUCGCAAGGCGAUGUUGCACAAAUUCAGUUUUUGUAUGAGAGGGCUCUAGUUCCGUGUGCGUUGUAUGAAGAUUUCUGGCUGAGAUAUGCUCGAUGGGCUGCAGCUAAUACCGAUGAAAAUAGCAUCCUUGGCACAGAAACAGUCACAAAUAUAUACCGACGAGCAGCGCUUGUAUUUAUUCCUUUGAAUCGACCCUAUAUUCGACUACAUUGGUCACUAUAUGAGGAAAGUCGGGGUAACGUCGAUUUCGCUCGAGACAUCUUAGACAGUUACCAAAAUAGCGCUCCCACGGACUUGCUGGAAGAAAUAUGCCAUUCUAGGAUUCAAUUUGAGCGCCGUCAAGGCGAUUCAGAAUUUAUUGACAAGGAAUUGGAGGCAGACAGAACGACGAAAAACGAGAAAACCAGGGCUGUACUGAUUGCACACAAAGCGUUACAUAUUUGGCAUGUGGAAGGUGAUGUAGAUUCAGCAAGAAAAUUAUUCCAGGUUUAUCAAUUUGAGGAUUUUGCCUUAUCAUCGUGUCCAUUCUUUAUUAAUUAUUUCAAGUUUGAGCUAUCGCAAGCUUCAAGGACAAAGUCAUUAAAAUAUAUUCACAACCUUUGGAAAUUUAUUGUUUUUAGAACAGCAAUCCCUUUACCAGUAGUGAAUGAUCUCUCAGAAAGCUAUCUCGAGUUUCUUCGACUUGAAGGAUUCUUUAAAGAAUAUUUAGAGGUUGACACGGAAACCCAUGGUCCAUUCUCAGUUCAGAAAUUACACAGACUGAAGCUCGGAGGCGAGCCGUUCAUCACGAAAAGACUCAAAUUCAUCAAUGAGCAUCCUGGGGUAGAGAUUGAUAUGGUAUCAGUUAGGUAUGAAGGAUUAGAUCCUUUAGAAAAAUAUUUGAAAGAUCAGCAAAAUGUAUAA